AUGAGGGUGCCGGUAAAUGGAAAGGAAACACUCUUUCAUAUUCAAUGUUUUGUAUGUAUUUGUUGUGGUCGUCCAUUACAACCAGGAGAACAAUAUAUGGUUGGGCCCUUUGAUGAACCCGGUGGAAGUCUUUUUUGUUCUGAACAUUUCCAUCUAAAUCCAGCAAUUCAUAGACCAUCAGCAUUUCUUCCUGAAUUCCAAGCUUUAAAUUGCAGGACUGAACCCUCCUUUUUAACCGAAAAUAAUUUAUGUUCAACAAAUUUAUUAACUCAACCAACUUCAGAACAUUCCCCCAAUUCCACCCAAAAAUUAAUUUCCCACCGACCACCUCUUUCAAUGGCGACAAACACAUCUAGUAACGAAUUUAUUGUUGAUUAUGAUAAUACUUAUGAUGCUACAACAAAUACUUUUACUUCUUCCGUCGCUGGAAGUACAACUCCAAACAGUCGUGGAGGGGCGCAGUCAGAAGAUAUUAAUUUUGGUAAUUCUAAUUUAUCUGACAGCGGUGACCCUUUAUCUUCUUCAAAUAAUUCUGCCCAAAAAUUGAAAAGAAUGAGAACGAGUUUUAAACACACACAAGUAAAUUUAAAAAAUUUUCUAGUAAAACUAAGCCUAUGUACAUUAAAUUCGAGACUUUCUGAUUGUCCUUAA